UCCCGCGUGGACGCUGCGAGCGUGCGGGACGCAGCAGUUCAACGACGCACGCGCACCGCUGAGGUUCGCGCAUCCAGUGCGUCAGUGACGUCCGCCGCAGAGGAGCAUCUUCUUCAUCCACCGUCACGUGACUGACGUCACUGUCAGAUCUGGUGAAGAUGGCGGCUGCAGGGACUCUCCGUCUCGGCUCCUCCGCGGCUCUGUCGCUGUUUGUCGGCCUGCUGGUCUCUCUGAAGCCGGGACUCUGCGAGGACCAGGUCCCGCUGCUCCUGUGGACCAGCGAGGGGACGUUUCUGCCCAGCCAGUCUCCUCCGUCGGCCGGUCACAUCGUCGGGCAGCAGCAGCUGGCUGCUUACCUGGAGAAAGCUCUGAAUGUGGGUCCACGAAACAUCGUGCUGUUUCUCCAGGACAAGAUGAGCAUCGAGGACUUCACCAUGUAUGGAGGAGCGUUUGGAAACAAGCAGGACAGCGCUUUCCCCAACCUGGAGAGCGCUCUGAUGUCCUCGUCCUCUCCUCUGGUGUUACCUGCUGUGUCCUGGCCGGCCUCCAACGCAGUGAUUGGCCAGCUGCAGGACCAAUUGGAAACCUCCCCUCUGUACAUGGACCCUGAGACACUGAGCCAGCUGAGACUCAACGCCUCCUCACCUGCCCUGCUGGUGUUCAGGCUGCCGUACGGCAUCGGGGCUGAUCUGAUGUCUGCUAAAGAGAUUCUCAGUGGAAACGAUGAGGUGAUUGGUCAGGUGAUGAGCAUCAUGAAGACUCAAUCUGUUCCCUACACGGCCAUUUAUACGGCGCUGCAGCCGUCACAGGAGGCGGCGUCUCUGUCGGUGGAGGCGGGGCUUGGAGGAGGCCGCUCUCUCUUGCAGGCCAGAGGUGGUUACCGUGAGCGUGAGCGUGAGCGUGAGCGGCAGCGGCGGAUCAAGGAGAAGGCUGAGAUCUACGGUCCAGUGGAGUUUAAGGAAGGAGAGGAAACCUGCAUCCUGCUGUGGGCUAAAGGUCUGUCAGUCAGCAUCCUGCGGAGCGGCCGCUGGGAGGACCACGACCUCACGCCGUCCACCUUCGGCGAGGGCGUGAGCCCCAAACUCCACGGAUCCAGCUGCGAUAAGACCAGAGCCAAGUUGGUUCUUAAUUAUGAGAACGUCCUCGGCCACCGCAGCUUCAAACUGAUCUUCGCUAUGAGCCAGCGUCACUACAAGGUUUCUUCCCGUCGCUGGUUUACUCUGGACUCGGUGGAUCUGGAGUACGACGGGACUAAAGCCACGUUUAACGGCACCAGGAACAUCUACGCCCCGGCUGAGUACUCCUACCGCUGCGAGUCCGUCACCAACUUCCGCUGGCCGCUGCUCGUUCCACGUUCGUCCAAAGAUCCGGCCAAUCAGUGGAGGGUGUCGUUCGAAGACUUCCAGAUCCAAGGCUUCAACGUGACGGGCGGCGACUUCUCGUACGCCAGCGACUGCGCCGGCUUCUUCUCUCCUGGUAUCUGGAUGGGUCUGAUGACCAGUCUCCUCAUGGUCCUAGUGCUCACCUACGGCCUGCACAUGAUCAUGCAGCUCCGCACCAUGGACCGCUUCGAUGACCCCAAAGGCCCGGCGAUCUCUGUGCCGCAGACGGAGUGACGACCUGUUAUAUAAUCACACUCUAAACAACGAGGGUUUACUCAUCAUGUGUCUGUUUUAUGUUUGAAAUGUGCAUCCUAAAGAAUCUAGUUUCCAGUUUGUUGCUCUCGUGUUUUACAACGUGUCCACACUGAAAGCGUCUCAGCCGCAGUUUCCAGUCGUCAGUACAAUUAAUACUAACAAGUAAGUUGUUGACAUGUCGGCAUAUUUUUAGGCUUGAAAUCUGUUUUCCUCCUCGUUAUGAGCGUAACUGCAGUCGCUCGGAGCGCUUCCAGGUGACCUACAGCACCUGAACGCCUCCUGUGUGACGCACCGCUAACAUGCUGCUGCACUUCCUGUGUCGACACGGCGUCGCAGUCACGUCUCAGCUUCCUUUUCUCUGAAAGACUCAAAGAUUCUUCAAACCAUAAAUCUGCAUGAUAGAAACUGUUUCCUGACGUCUUUAAUUUAAACAACGUGAAUCAUAUUUAUAUUUAUCUUUUCUAUACAGAAUAAUGUUCAUGUUUUACUCGUGUGCUGCGUUCACAGGAAACAGGAAACAGCUGCAUUUAACAUGUUUAUCGUGCAGCAACGAGCUUCAUCUCAAACAUCUUCGUCUUUCAGAGAAACUCGACUGUAACAGUGAAACACGAGCAGCAGACUGAUUAUAAUAACGACCACAUGAAAGGGACUCAACUGUACAUACUGAAUGUGAAAAGCUAUUUAUUGGUGAGUGUUUGUGUUUACUGUUGUGUUUGUGACGUUUAGGUGUUUCCUGUGGAUGAUGAAUCUCGUCCAUCAUGAUGUUGAGCUGGAUGAACUCACAUCAUCAACUGUAUUUAUUACCUGAUGUGCACUGAAACCUGCUCCAUGUGAAACAGUUUAAUUUAUUUAGUUUGAUGCUUCGUAGUGAACAUUCCUGAUGUUAGUGAACGUUCCUGAUGUUAGUGAACGUUCCUGAUGUUAGUGAACGUUCCUGAUGUUAGUGAACGUUCCUGAUGUUAGUGAACGUUCCUGAUGUUGUUAGUGAACGUUCCUGAUGUUAGUGAACGUUCCUGAUGUUAGUGAACAUUCCUGAUGUUAGUGAACGUUCCUGAUGUUAGUGAACGUUCCUGAUGUUAGUGAACGUUCCUGAUGUUAGUGAACAUUCCUGAUGUUGUUAGUGAACGUUCCUGAUGUUGUUAGUGAACAUUCCUGAUGUUAGUGAACGUUCCUGAUGUUAGUGAACGUUCCUGAUGUUGUUAGUGAACGUUCCUGAUGUUAGUGAACGUUCCUGAUGUUAGUGAACGUUCCUGAUGUUAGUGAACGUUCCUGAUGUUGUUAGUGAACGUUCCUGAUGUUAGUGAACGUUCCUGAUGUUAGUGAACGUUCCUGAUGUUGUUAGUGAACAUUCCUGAUGUUAGUGAACGUUCCUGAUGUUGUUAGUGAACAUUCCUGAUGUUAGUGAACGUUCCUGAUGUUAGUGAACGUUCCUGAUGUUGUUAGUGAACGUUCCUGAUGUUAGUGAACGUUCCUGAUGUUAGUGAACGUUCCUGAUGUUGUUAGUGAACAUUCCUGAUGUUAGUGAACGUUCCUGAUGAUGUUAGUGAACGUUCCUGAUGUUGUGCAGCUGCUGUGAACCCAAUAAAACAUCUGAAGACUGAAA